AUGCCUCUUGACAUAGAAGAGAUCCUUCGGAAAAAGAAGGCAGCCGAUGCUGCUGCGGCUAAACCUAGAUUUAUCCCCAAGGCAGAACGCGAACGACUAGCUGCUGAGAAGGCGAAACAGGAGGAAGAAGAGAAGAAGCGUAAGGCGGUGGAUGAUUCACAACGGCGGCGGGACGAAGAGAGAAGAUGGGAAACCCGCGCAAACGGCCUGCCAGCCUCUAAUGGCGCCCUUAACGGCGCCCCCAACGGCAUCGCGCCACCCACAGGUCCAAGGGCGAUGAAUCAACAGGCUGGAGGCGGCGGCGGCGGUAAAGGCCGAGACGGGCGAGAUGGACGGGACGGGCGGGACGGACGAGAUGGAAGAGAUGGAAAGAAAAACUCAAAGACCGAAGGCGUCAAGCGCUCAGCGGCGGAGAUUGAGGACUCGCUACUACGCUCGCGGUACCUUGGCCCAGAGGUCAACCAGCAGUCAACCUUUUCGGCCAAGAAGAAGCGGAUGCGGACGACGGAAAAGAAGUUUAACUUUGAGUGGGAUGUAGAUGAGGACACAUCGAGAGACAACGAUCCGCUAUAUAUGAGCCAAAGCGUCAACAGAGGCGGCUCCCUGGCCGGCGUCGGUGGCGAGUUCGACAAAGAAGCCGAGCAGCGGGCGCGCAAACGAGCAAAGAUGAUUGAGCAGCGCGACCUAGAACAUGGCAAGGAGAGAGCAAUAGGAAUCAUGGAAGACUUUUACAGGGCGCGGGAGAGGGCGCGGGAGAGGGCUGAGAGGACGGGCCUGGGACGGCACUGGUCGGACAAGGACCUCAACGAGAUGCGCGAGCGAGAUUGGCGCAUCUUCAAGGAGGACUUUGGCAUUUCGACCAAGGGAGGCGCGAUUCCCAAUCCAAUGCGUAAUUGGCAGGAAUCCGGGCUGCCGCAACGGCUGCUUAACAUUGUGGACAAUGUUGGCUACAAAGAACCCUCUGCUAUUCAGCGAGCAGCCAUUCCAAUUGCUUUGCAAGCUCGCGAUCUUAUUGGCGUUGCCGUCACAGGUUCCGGUAAAACUGCUGCUUUCUUACUGCCCCUUUUGGUGUACAUCUCCGACCUGCCGCCCCUCACAGAGGCCAACAAGAACGACGGCCCGUACGCGCUCAUCAUCGCGCCAACUCGUGAACUGGUGCAGCAGAUCGAGACGGAGGCGAGAAAGUUUGCUGAGCCGCUGGGCUUUAGGUGUGUCAGCAUCGUUGGUGGGCAUUCGCUGGAAGAACAGGUCUUUGCUCUGCGCAACGGUGCCGAGAUUAUCGUCGCUACGCCAGGUCGUCUCGUCGAUUGUAUAGAGCGAAGACUUCUUGUCCUAGUGCAGUGCUGCUACAUCAUCAUGGACGAGGCUGAUCGAAUGAUUGACCUUGGUUUCGAGGACUCGGUCAACAAGAUCCUCGAUGCGCUACCGGUAUCCAAUGAGAAACCGGAUACAGAUGACGCUGAAAACGCCCAGCUCAUGAAGCGGUAUGUAGGAGGCAAAGACCGAUAUCGUCAAACUAUGAUGUACACGGCCACCAUGCCACCGCUGGUUGAAAAGAUUGCUAAAAAGUACCUUCGCCGUCCCGCCAUCGUCACCAUCGGUAAUGCAGGCGAGGCCGUCGACACCGUCGAACAGCGCGUCGAGUUCGUUUCCGGCGAGGACCGGCGCAAGAAGCGGCUGCAGGAGAUCCUCUCCUCGAAUGCCUUUGCGCCCCCCAUCAUCGUCUUCGUCAACAUCAAGCGCAACUGCGACGCUGUCGCCCGCGACAUCAAGUCCAUGGGAUGGUCCGUCGUCACGCUGCACGGAUCGAAGACGCAAGAGCAGCGAGAAGCCGCGCUCGCAUCCGUCCGCUCGGGGCAGACGCAGGUCCUCGUUGCCACCGAUCUUGCUGGUCGUGGUAUCGACGUGCCGGACGUCUCGCUCGUCAUCAACUUCAACAUGGCAACCAAUAUCGAGAGCUACACGCAUCGUAUCGGUCGUACUGGUCGUGCUGGAAAGAGUGGUGUGGCUAUUACGUUCCUGGGCAACGAGGAUGCGGAUGUCCUGUAUGACCUUAAACAAAUCUUGAGCAAGAGCUCCAUCUCAAAGGUACCCGACGAGCUCAAGAGACACGAGGCGGCGCAGUCGAGGCCGGUUCGCGGAGGAGCCAGCAAGAAGGAUGAGGCCGCUGCCUCUGAAGGAGGCAAAGGAGGAGGCGGCAAAGGAAACUGGUAA